AACAGGAUUUGUAAAACAUUUUGCUCUAAGGAAUGUUUAAACUAUCUGGAGCCCAGGAGGCGAGCUUGCCAAAAGAAUAAAUGAAAUCCUAUACGGUGAGCAGGAAAUGAUGCCAUCUGCAAGUAUAUUCUUCUUUGGGGGAAUUGAGAAAUUAUUUAAUCAGAGGUGAGGUUCCCUACGGCAGGGUUAGAUGGGCUGCAGUUUACGGGUUACAGAGAUUCCCCCCACCCCCCGAACUCGACAGGAGGAGGGGUUGCCCCGUUUGUAAAAAUUUAUCGCCACUUUCUCGGCAGCUCUGGAGCGGAAAGGCGACACGUUUACUGCUGUCGAGUUGGACUUUUCGUUGUGAAUUGGCCGGCAGCCGAGCCGCUCUCAGCUGAUUGAUGGCAGCCGGCCUCUCAGCCUCGGAAAAAAGGGGGCUGAGCUUCCACUGACCCACCUCCUGGACUUUACUCUCCUCCCCUCCCUCAGUCUUUAGGGUAUCUCCUCCCCUCCCUCCUUCGCCCCGUUAUUUUUUGGACGCCAGCACCCCCCCUUCUCUCUCUCUCUCUCCCGGUUCGCUCGCUCGCUCCGGUGCUGAUGGCUCUCCCCCGCCUGGCUCUCCUCCUCCUGGCUCUCCACCGCCCAGCCCUGGGUUUCGACUAUGAAGACAACCUCUACGAGUAUUUUCCGGACCAUGAAGACCCGGCAGAAGUGGACUAUAAAGACCCCUGCAAAGCCGCUGCCUUUCUCGGAGAUAUUGCACUGGAUGAAGAUGAUCUGAAGUCAUUCAAGAUUGACAGGAUUGUAGACUUAAACAAUCAUAAAAUCCAAACAUUUGGGCACUCCUCAGGUCAAUUAACUGGUCCACACUGGAAUGGAACAAACCUCCCAAAGGACGGUCAAGCUAGCUUGUCAGGCAGCAAUCCCUGGAGAGGUAACCGAGCCCAGAAAGGCAAGAGGAAGGCUUUUCGACGGAGGGGCAGAAAGUUCCGGAAGAACGAUACUCGGAGUAGAGUGCGACGAGCCUCCACUUCCCGGCCUGAGCGUGUGUGGCCUGAAGGGGUGAUUCCUUACGUGAUUGGUGGAAAUUUCACUGGGAGUCAGAGAGCUAUUUUCAGGCAAGCAAUGAGACAUUGGGAGAAGCAUACCUGCGUCACAUUCCUGGAACGCACAGACGAGGAGAGCUAUAUUGUUUUUACUUACAGACCCUGUGGCUGUUGCUCUUAUGUGGGUCGAAGAGGGGGAGGACCACAGGCUAUCUCCAUUGGAAAGAACUGUGAUAAAUUUGGGAUUGUGGUCCACGAAUUGGGACACGUCAUUGGAUUCUGGCAUGAGCACACACGGCCUGACCGAGAUGAUCAUGUAACCAUCGUGAGGGAGAACAUACAGCCAGGGCAAGAAUACAACUUUCUAAAGAUGGAACCAGAAGAGGUGGACUCGCUCGGUGAAACGUACGACUUUGACAGCAUCAUGCACUAUGCCAGGAACACUUUCUCAAGGGGUAUUUUCCUGGACACCAUCCUUCCUCGGUAUGAUGAGAACGGCGUCCGACCCCCAAUAGGACAGCGGACACGACUGAGCAAGGGAGACAUCAGCCAGGCUCGGAAGCUGUACAGGUGUCCAGCAUGUGGGGAUACCCUUCAAGACUCCAUGGGAAACUUUUCUUCUCCUGGUUUCCCAAAUGGAUAUUCAUCUUUUACUCAUUGUGUGUGGAGAAUAUCAGUCACUCCUGGAGAGAAGGUUAAGAAUUAUUUAAAUUUCACUGCCAUGGACACAUUCAGGAGCCGCCUGUUGUACGAUUAUGUGGAAGUACGUGAUGGAUACUGGAGAAAGGCCCCACUGCGUGGUAGGUUUUGUGGAGAUAGGAUUCCACCUUCCCUCAUUUCGACGGACAGCCGGCUUUGGAUUGAAUUCCGAAGCAGCAGCAGCUGGGUCGGCAAAGGAUUCUCAGCCGUCUAUGAAGCCAUCUGUGGAGGGGAUAUCAGCAAGGAUCUGGGGCAGAUUCAGUCUCCAAACUACCCUGAUGACUACCGGCCAUCAAAAGUCUGCAUUUGGAGAAUAAGAGUCUCAGACACUUUUCACGUGGGACUAGCCUUUCAGUCGUUUGAGAUCGAGAGACACGAUAGCUGUGCUUAUGACUAUCUGGAGGUCCGAGAUGGAAGCACAGAAGAAAGCCCUCUGAUUGGGCGUUACUGUGGCUACGACAAACCUGAUGACAUCAAGUCGAGCUCCAAUAAACUGUGGAUGAAGUUUGUAUCCGAUGGCUCCAUCAACAAAGCUGGGUUCUCUGCCAACUUCUUCAAAGAGGUGGACGAGUGCUCCCGGCCGGACAACGGAGGAUGUGAGCAGCGCUGCGUUAAUACUCUGGGCAGCUACAAAUGUGCCUGCGAUCCUGGUUACGAACUCGCCAAUGACAAAAGGAGCUGUGAGGCUGCAUGUGGUGGUUUCCUGACCAAACUCAACGGCUCCAUAACCAGCCCUGGUUGGCCCAAAGAAUACCCACCCAACAAGAACUGUGUCUGGCAGGUGGUGGCACCAACACAAUAUCGCAUUUCCCUGCAGUUCGAGUUCUUUGAGAUCGAGGGCAAUGACGUCUGUAAGUACGAUUAUGUGGAAGUGCGCAGUGGCCUCUCUGCUGUCAAGCUUCAUGGCAAAUUCUGUGGUGCAGAGAAACCAGAGGUGAUUACAUCCCAGUACAACAACAUGAGGAUAGAAUGUAAAUCGGACAACACUGUUUCCAAGAAAGGUUUCAAGGCACACUUCUUCUCUGACAAAGAUGAGUGUUCAAAGGAUAACGGUGGUUGUCAGCACGAGUGUGUCAACACCUUUGGGAGUUACUCAUGUCAGUGCCGCAGUGGUUUCAUGCUUCACGAAAAUAAGCAUGACUGCAAGGAAGCUGGGUGUGAGCACAAAAUCAACAGUGUUUCUGGGAUCAUCACCAGCCCUAACUGGCCUGAUAAAUACACCAGCCGCAAGGAAUGUACCUGGGAGAUCGUAACCACACCUGGGCACCGUGUGAAACUGGCAUUCAAUGAGCUGGAUAUUGAGCAGCACCAGGAAUGUGCCUACGAUCACUUGGAGCUUUACGAUGGCAAAGACUCAAAGGCAAAAGUCAUUGGACGAUUCUGUGGGAGUAAGAAGCCUGAACCCCAGAUCUCCACCUUCAACAGAAUGUUCAUCAAGUUCUACUCUGACAGCUCUGUGCAGAAGAAAGGUUUUGAAGCCACUCACAGUUCUGAAUGUGGGGGCAAGCUGAAGGCAGAAGUGAAAACCAAGGAUCUGUACUCCCACUCCCAGUUUGGGGACAAUAAUUAUCCAGGGGGAGCAGAUUGUCAAUGGGUGGUCCAAGCAGAAGAAGGGUAUGGGGUGGAGCUGAUAUUCCAGACCUUCGAGAUUGAGGAGGAAGCAGACUGCGGCUAUGAUUACAUGGAGUUGUUCGAUGGAUCAGAUGAUACUGCUCCAAGGCUGGGCAGGUUCUGUGGCUCAGGGCCUCCUGAGGAGAUUUACUGCGGAGAUUCAAUCAUGAUUCGGUUCCAUACAGAUGACACCAUUAACAAGAAGGGAUUCCAUGCACGUUACACCAGCACCAAAUUCCAGGACACUCUUCACUUGAGGAAAUAAUCUAACUCUUGCCGAAACUGAGAGACUGGAAUUUGCAAUUUUUUUUUAAUUGUACUGUAAAUUCUGACAUGAGGAACAUAGCCAUUUCCAAGUUUCAGCAUUUUAAAAGCUGAACUGACUCAAGUGUAUUAUGAUAUGUGAUGCUUUCAAUGCAGCAAAUGACUGGGUACCAUCAAACGUCUCAGUUUUGCAGUGUUCUCAAAAGGACUAAAUGUUGUGAGAGAUGGCAUUUCCUUAGGGAACGUGAUCUAAAGCUGUUGUAUGGAUCCCUUUUACUGGGCCUACAUAGGCUUUCUUUCAGACACACAUGAGAUGGGUCCAUUCAGUAGCCUCUGUAAUGGCCCCUGGACUUCUGUGAAACCUCUCUCGGACUUUGUUACUGUUGCAGUCACAAACAGUGACCAUGAGCCAUGAAGUUGUAGGCCAUCAGGUACUGAUUCUUGGCUGGGCUGUCAGGGAGCUGUUGAACUGAAACCAUGGCGUGUCCAGGGUCUUCCCUGAGCCAGUGCAGCCUAUUCUUGCACAUCUAUUGGCUCCAUGCCUGAGCACUGUUGGCAGUGGAUAAAGAGCCACUUACCUGCUCCUCCAUAGAGCAAUGGUGUUCAGCAUAGGAGACCUCUCAAUGUAAAGGGGUAAGCACAUAAACUACCUGCUUGAUAAAAUGUGGUUGCACGCAAACAGUCCCUUCAGCUUCAAGUUCUGGUCUCCAUAGUUUUUUUUUUAAACGGGACAGUGUAUGACCUUCUUUCUCAUAUCCUUGGUCUGUGGAGCUUGCAAAGAGAAAUCUCUGUGGUACAAACUUUGGUUGUGUGCUGGAUAACUUGCAUUGCAGAUUUAACGGUUCGACUAGAUUUGAUAUCCUGGGGUCACUUUGAAUUUCAUCUCCUGUCUCACCGAACAACUGAUCAGAAGCUACUUUCUGUAUUCCAUAAAGCAGCUGGAGACUCAUUGGCUGGAAGUUGUGAUUCAACCCGGCUGAGAAAGUACAACAUAAGAUUCUGUAGAUUUUGGCUGAUAAGCUUUGAAAUUCAUCCUCUGAAGCCCAAUAAAAAGACAUACUGCA